AUGCUGAUGAAUGUACAGAAGGGACAGAUGACUGCCACAUUGAUGCAAUUUGUCAGAACACACCUAAGUCAUUCAAAUGCAUUUGCAAGCCAGGUUAUAAGGGAGAAGGAAAGCAGUGUGAAGACAUUGAUGAAUGUGAAAAUGACUUCUACAAUGGCGGCUGUGUACAUGAAUGCAUCAAUAUUCCAGGGAACUACAGGUGUAUGUGUUAUGAUGGCUUCAUGUUGGCUGAAGAUGGACACAAUUGUCUUGAUGUUGACGAAUGUUUGGAUAAUAAUGGUGGCUGCCAACAGAUUUGUGUCAAUACUAUGGGAAGCUAUGAAUGCCAGUGUAAAGAAGGGUUUUUCCUAAGCGAUAACCAGCACACCUGUAUCCAUCGUUCUAAUGCACAAUGCAGGAGUGGUCAGUACUUAAAAGAAUUUAGCCACAUCAUGCAGAGCAAAUGUUUGCAGGUGUAG